CUGUCCGGAGACAAAGAUGGCGGUGCGGAAGAAAGACGGCGGGCCGAAUGUGAAAUAUUUCGAAGCCUCCGAUACCGUGUCUCAGUUCGACAAUGUCCGCGUGUGGCUCGGGAAGAAUUAUAAAAAGUAUAUCCAGGCGGAGCCGCCCACUAAUAAAUCUCUGUCCAGUUUGGUGGUUCAGCUGCUGCAGUUCCAGGAGGAAGUUUUCGGCCGACAUGUCAGCAACCCUCCUCUCACCAAACUACCGAUGAAGUGUUUUGUGGACUUCAAGGCGGGAGGAGCUCUAUGUCACAUCCUUGCUGCUGCCUACAAGUUCAAGAGUGACCAGGGAUGGAGGAGGUUUGAUUUCCAGAAUCCUUCUAGAAUGGACCGGAAUGUGGAGAUGUUUAUGACCAUAGAGAAGUCUCUGGUACAGAAUAAUUGUCUGACUCGGCCUGUGAUCUACCUGAGCUCUGAGAUCGAACCCAAACUUCUGGGGAAACUGAAGGAUAUCAUUAAACGACACCAGGGCUCAGUAACAGAUGAUAAACAGUCCAGUUCCCAUGUGGUGGUUCCGAUUCCUGCCAGUCUGGAGGAAGAAGAGUGGGUUCGUCCUGUAAUGAAGAGAGAUAAGCAGAUGUUGCUGCACUGGGGUUACUGGCCUGACAGUUAUGAUACCUGGAUCUCAGCCAGUGAAGUGGAGGCUGCAGUGGAGGAUCCACCCAGUGUAGAGAAACCCAGAAAGGUUCAUGCUAAGUGGAUCCUGGAUCUGGAUCAGUAUAAUGAGUGGAUGAAUGAGGAGGACUAUGAGGUGGGUGAAGGAGGGAUGAGGAGGAAGAGGAUCUCAGCUAAGACUCUGACAGAUGAAGUGAGCACGCCGGAUGAAAGGAGAGAUAAAAAACCUUCCAACGCCAAGAAACGCAAACGCUCCCCUUCUCCAUCCCCGACUCCACCCCCUCAGGAGAGCAAGAAGAAGAACACCAAGAAAGGGCCCACUACCUACAAUAAAUCAAAGCGGGGACAGAAGGAGGAGGAGCAGGAGGAUUACAAAGACCUGGACGAGCCGUCACCUGCACCUGCAACAGACGAGUCCCUCAAUAAAACAGUGACUAAAAAGGACUCUGACUCGACUCCAGUGAAGGGAGGAACUGAUGGGGAUGAACAGGAGGAUGAGGCUAUGGAGACGGUGGGAAAGGAGGAGGAUGAAGGUUCUGCCAGUGUAAAGGGAGAACCAGUAAAAGGUUCUGAUCUGCAUGAAGACAAUGUGACAGAACAGACGCACCAUAUCAUCAUUCCCAGCUACGCUGCCUGGUUUGACUACAACAGUGUUCAUGCUAUCGAGCGCAGAGCUCUGCCCGAGUUCUUUAAUGGAAAGAACAAAUCUAAGACUCCUGAGAUUUAUCUUGCCUACAGGAACUUUAUGAUAGAUACGUAUCGGCUGAACCCACAGGAGUAUUUGACCUCUACAGCUUGCCGUAGAAACCUGGCAGGAGAUGUUUGUGCCAUCAUGAGGGUCCAUGCAUUUCUGGAACAGUGGGGUUUGAUUAAUUAUCAGGUGGAUUCUGAGAGUCGUCCCACCCCCAUGGGGCCACCACCCACAUCUCACUUCCAUGUUCUGGCAGACACACCAUCCAGCCUCGUACCCCUGCAGCCAAAAGCCUCACAGACUCCGUCCUCACAGCCAAUGAUGUCGUUCCCGGACAAAGUGAAGGACAAACCAACAGAUCUGCAGAACUUUGGGCUGAGGACAGACAUGUACAGCAAGAAGAGCGGUCCUUCUAAGGGUAAAAAUGCUGCAACUGCCACACGGGAGUGGACUGAACAGGAAACUCUGCUGCUGCUGGAGGGUCUGGAGAUGUAUAAGGAUGACUGGAACAAGGUUUCGGAGCACGUGGGCAGCCGUACCCAGGACGAGUGUAUCCUUCACUUCUUGCGCUUGCCAAUUGAGGACCCAUACCUGGAGGAGGGAGCGACGUCUCUGGGGCCGUUGGCGUAUCAGCCGGUUCCAUUCAGUCAGGCAGGGAACCCGGUCAUGAGCACCGUGGCCUUUUUGGCUUCAGUGGUCGACCCGAGAGUGGCCUCGGCUGCAGCCAAGUCUGCUCUAGAGGAGUUCUCCAGGAUGAAGGAGGAGGUACCAGCGGCUCUGGUGGAAGCUCACGUGCGGCGUGUGGAGGAAGCGGCCCGGGUUAGCGGCAGACCGGAUCCACUGUACGGCCUGGAGGGCAGCGGCAUCGCCGGAACCGGACUGGAGGACACUGAUAAGCCUGCAGAGGAGAGCAGUGAUGAGAGCAAGAGUAGUGACACUCAAAACACAGAGGACAAGAGAGACAGCAGCAAGGAGGGUAAAGAUGGAGCGAGCGAGGAGGAAGAAAAGCAGGCUGAGAACGGGAAAAAAGAAGAAGAAGGAGGAAAAGAGGGAGAGACGGAGCGAGAGGCAGAAAAGAUAGACUCAGAAACAGGUGAUGUCGAGAAGGAGAAAGAAGGGAAAGAUGGAUCAGAGGAUGGGCAGAAGGAAGGAGAUAGUGAUGGAGAGAGGAAAGCGAAGGUGGAGAAAGAUGUUGGUGAGGGGAAUCUGGCCACGGCUGCUGCCUCUGCACUCGCCGCUGCCGCUGUUAAAGCCAAGCACCUGGCUGCAGUGGAGGAGAGGAAGAUCAAGUCUCUAGUUGCUCUACUGGUUGAGACUCAGAUGAAGAAGCUGGAAAUCAAACUGAGGCACUUUGAGGAGCUGGAGACCAUCAUGGACCGAGAGAGAGAGGCGUUGGAGUAUCAGAGGCAGCAGCUCCUGGCUGAUCGUCAGGCGUUCCACAUGGAGCAGUUAAAGUAUGCGGAGAUGAGAGCACGCCAGCAGCACUUCCAGCAGAUACAACACCAGCACCAUAGCAACCCACCUGGCAACCAGCCUGGCACUGCCCCACCCAUCCCCCACCAAUCAGCUCCUAGUGCCAGUGCCCCGCCCCCGGUGCCCAGCCUCGCCCCGGCUGCCUCUACAAACACCCCCAGUGAAGCUCCACCCACCUCUGCCUCUCAUGGCUCCUCCCCCAGCAACACACAGCCUGGAGCAGUGCACGACUCCAGCACAUUGACAGGAGAUUCCCUCCAUCCCUCCGGCCCAGUGACCCCUGCACAGUGAACACACACACACACACACACACACACACACACACACAGGAUUUGAGGGAUUAUGAGAAUGAGUGUUCUGAAGUUUUGGGUUUUUUGGGAGACUUUUAAACAUUUGGAUUGAAACUGUUUGAAGCACAAAUCCGACUUCAACACUAAUUCUAUAUUGCGUAUUCUAUACUCUAUUCUCUAUACCAUGAAAACAGUGUUAAGUGAGUUUGUGUGUAAUUACUGAUCCAGUGUUUGACCUACAGAACCCUGGAGAUCUUACACCACCUUAUUGUAGCUACUUCAGCUUCUCACAGGAGGAGGAGUAAUGAGAAGCUGCAUGUUGGUGUUUGGGAGAAGCAGAAGGGUGAAGCACUUAAACACAUGAUUUUAGUAAAAGUCUCCUGGGUUUUUGGACUGAGUGGAUAAAGGCUGUUGAUUAGGACAGGAUCUCUGUGGUGGUGUUGGUGUGAUUGACAGUGUGAGCUGAGAGCUCUGGGAUUAGUCGCUUCAUCUGUUGCGAUUCAUUCGACUCUUUUUAUGUUUUAUUUUUAAUAUUUUUAUGUAUGAAUUAUUAGCAUGAUGAAUUACUGAUGGACAGAACAGUGUUAAAGCCUGAGACUUUGGUUCAUUGACUGUAAAUGAACAUCGUGUACUGUAAAACCGUUCCACUGCAAGUACCAGUGACAUCACUUUAUCUUCAUCAGUUCCUCUAAAGUUCCUCCUCCUUUCCUCUACCCUUCACUUCCCCGUUGUCUUUCGUUUCUAGUCUCGGGUGUCUAUAGGCAGAUGUGUUAUUUCAGUGUUUGUACUCGAUCUAAUUUGUUUCCUAAAUUCUGGUUUAAUUCAGAUUUCACCAUUGACUACAUCUCAUUUCAUUUGGACUGAAGAGCCACAGCCGUUGCUAUAGCGACAGCAAGGGCAUGGCAGAGACCACAGUAGUGUUAGUUUUCAUCCAAUGUUAAAUAUGUCUGCUAAAUGAAAAAAGAAAGAAAACAACAAACACUCCUACAUAUAUAUAUGUGUGUGUGUGCGUGUGUGUGUGUGCGUGUGUGCGCGAGUGUGUGUGUGUGUGUGUGUGAGUGAGUACAUGAAGUAUGAAGUUAAAUGAAGGAAUGUGAGGAUUUGAGCAGUACAGUGUGCGAUGGUGAAGUUACGCCGACACUCAUGGGGUUGUGUAUCUUCAUAUUUUUGUAUUUUUAUAUUUUUCAUUAUUUUAUCAUGAACUGUUGCUAGUAUUAUUUACACAUAUAACAAAUUUGUGUCACUGAUUCGUCCGUGUGAACGUCGUGUUACGCCCUAACACUCAACCUAUGUGUGUGUGUGUGUGUGUGUGUGUGUGUGUGUGUGUGUGUGUGUGUGAGGCGAGAUACAUUUUAAUUGUGUUUAUCUUGUGUUGUGUGUUUUAGACUCACACAUUACAAUAGUUUACAUGCAUGCAUAACACACACACACACACACACACACACACUUAUUUUGGUUGUGAGACACUAGUGUUUUCUGAAGCAGGGUGUAUGUGUGGUGUUUUUCUAUUCAGGAUGUUUGUGUUGGUGAAGGUGAGCAGUUGUGUGUCAGAGCUCCGGUCUGUACUGAUCAACAGACUGCUCUAGAAACAUCUCACUUUAAUUUCACUAAAUACAUUCAAACAUCAAUAAAAUGUCAUCAAUGACAA